AUCCCAAAAUUCACCACGUGUCGUGUAGCAUGGAGGGAGCAUCACACUCCUACUAUGCUGGUUCCGCGCGCAGAGGGUGAGGCCUCCGGUGUCAGAGUAUCGGUAUUUGAAAGUUCAAAAAUGAAUACUAUUGUAUUGACUAUCCCAUCCCAUCACAGUUCUCUCUCUUCACGUUUUUACCCCACACACAGUUUUAGUUUUGGCGUACCAACUAAAAUCAAUCACCUCUCACAAUUCAAGAUCUGUGUGCAUUUUCAUUCUUCUUUCCACUGUGCUCACUUGCACCUUCUUCUUUUUUUUCUUUCUAAUUUCGGUUUUCUAAACAACACAUCCUAGGGUUUCGUGGCCCCAUUUUCUUUGAACCUUCCCGAUAUUAUUCUCAAUCUCCAUUUACUUCCAUUCCACGCUUCUUUCUCCACUAUUAUCAUACAUUGCUCUCUCUCUCUCCGACUUCCGCUCUUCUUGAACUGAUUUGCAACUUCACUUCAGCUACAUUUUUGGACUAAUUAGUGUUUUCAAAUGCAGAGACCUAAAGGUAGUGGAUAAAAUCCUUGCUUACUCUGUUUUUUUUUCUUUGUAAAUGCGCUUUUGAACUGCUUGCUAGCUUUUGCUUAUAGUGUUAUAGGUGUAAUAAUGUCGUUUUCAUUCCAUCAUGAAUUUCUAGUGUUAUCAUGUCUUGUGAUUUUUUUGUCCUUUGAUCAUUUUCCAAAGUGUUUCUUUUGUCUUCUCUUUUUCUCAUGCGUGCGUAAUUGCGCAUGAGGUUCUUCUUCUCACGCACUUUCAAUUACUACUUUUACCAAAGAUUGUGAGCAGCAGUGUGUCUCUCUUUUGGAAGCAAGCGGGUUCAUAGACAUAGAAAACUUCAGAGUUUUCCUUCUGAUUCAAGUUCUUGCGGUGAUGGAGUUGCAGAUGAAGAUUCGAAUUCAUUUCAAUCCUGGAGAUCUUCAAAACAAUCGUUUGGAACUCCCAUGAAGAAGUUAUUAGCAGAAGAACUGUCCCAAGAAACUGAACCCAAAAGAAGAGCUCCAGGUGUCAUAGGCAAAUUAAUGGGUCUUGAUGGGUUUCCAUUGCAGUUGCCUACAUAUAAGCAUCAUAAGGGUGUGUCAGAAAACAAUACAAAAGGGACAACACAGGCGGUAAAAACUCGAAGCAGUGGUACAUUAUCUGGCGGUCGAUUGUCUAGGAGAAACUCAAAGCAUCAGCAAGAGUUUAAGGAUGUGUUUGAGGUCUCAGAGAUCCCAAAGAUAGAUAGCUGUAGGUAUUCAUUGCAAGGAUCUGUAGGGUUGAAGAUCACCAAUGCUGGGAUGUCAUUUGUUGAACAGAAGCUCAUGGAUGCCAAACGCCGAGCAACUUAUCAGGAUUUACAAUCUUCGCAGGAUUCCCAUGAUACACUUGAGAUUCUUGACUCUAACCAUGAUCUUCAGCAAAAAUACUUUAAGAGGCCAGAUUCUUUGUUUAAAAGGCAUCUAGAUGAUCUGCAAGCUGCCCCUUCCCAAUCACAUUUUGGUCACGUUGAAGGUACAAAAUUAUCAAACAUAGUGAACUGUGAACACAAUGACUUCAGCCGGAAGCCAGAUAAGGAGAUGAAAUGGUUGAAUUACAAUAGAUCUAACCAGAAGCAUGAUGAUGGUUAUUCUUGUCAUUUUGUCAGAAGACAUGCUAUUCACAGUUCUCCGAAAUCAUCAAGGAAUCAGUUUAAGGGAAAAAAUGUGCCCAAUGCAGUCCCAACAAGGAUUGUUGUACUAAAACCCAAUCUUGAAAAAGUGCAAAGUCCUACCAAAAUUGGUUCAUCACCUUGUUCUCCAUAUGCUUUCCUGUCUCAAUGUGGAAAGCAUGCUGAAUUUUCAGAUAUCAGAUUUAGGGAAACUGGACUGAAUCAAAGGAAAAAUUUGACUGCUAAUGCCUGGCAUUCAAAGCAAAAUUCUUUGGAAUCAAGAGAAAUUGCAAAGGAAAUCACAAGCCAAAUGAAAAAUAAUUUGAAUAUUGGCUCCAUGAUAUUUUCAUCUUCUAGAUUUAGAGGAUAUACUUGGGAUGAUAGCUCAUGUAGUCUUUCUGGGAAUCAAUCUCCUGAUGAAUCAGAGGUGACACCUGCAACCUUGGAAAAGUCAUUUGAAAUAUGUAAUACUAUUAGUCCAUCAUCUUGUUUUAGUGAAUCAUUUGUGAGUAGAGAGGCAAAGAAGAGAUUAUCAGAGAGGUGGAAAAUGUCGCUGAAGUUUCAACAAGGCAAUUCCAUCUCCAGGAGUGGCACACUGGCUGAAAUGCUCGCUAUCCCUAACAAGGAAAUGAAGGCAUCUAAAUUUGACAGCAUCUCUUGUGGGGAAGGUUCACACGAUAAAAUAUCUAGCAAUGGUAAACCUGCUGGGUGGGUCGAACCAUUGGGUGUUAGCAGUAAGGAUGGAUAUAUUGGAAGUUUACCAAGGUCUAAAUCACUUCCUGCUUCAUCUACUACCUUUGGAAGUCCCAGAACAAUAUUGCACCAUGAAGCACUUUGUGAUGAUCGAUUUAUGAUGCCAAAGGAAGCUAGUAAACAGGAAAAGAAAAAAGUAGUGAAGCGUCUUGAUCAGAGACCGUGUACAAAUACCAAAAGGUCAAAAUCUGGUCACAAGAAGUGUUCCCCAUACUUAAAUACAAUUCAAAACAAAGUGAAGAUUAAUCUUGAAGAGAAUUUGCCCAAGCAAGAAGUGUUGAUUGCUGAAUCAUUAGCUGAGAUCCUCAGAGAUACAAGUGCAGUUACUGAAGAAGUUGUUGGUGUGACCAAUGAAAAUGCAGUUGGUUCAUCUGAAUCUUCUAUUAAGGAGUUAUCAGUUGGGUCUUCCAGUAGAAAUUAUGACCCCUUGCAACCACCUGUAUCUGGACUUGAUUCUGCAUGCUGUAUAGGUGCAGAUCAUCCCAGUCCAGUCUCGGUGCUAGAACCUUCUUUUACAGAUGAUCUGUCACCUUGUUUAGAUUAUUUUGAAAGUCUCAAUGUUGACAUACAAGGGCUUCGAAUGCAACUCCAGUUGCUGAAGCUGGAAUCUGAAGAUUUUGUGGAAGAACCCGUGCUAAUUCAAAGUGAUGAAGAUGGUAUGGAGGCAUCUACUGGAAUUUCAGAAGACAGUGGAUUGCUUCAGACUACAGAUAGCUGGGAGUCUUCCUACACGAUUGAUGUCUUGUAUGAAUCUGGUAUUGAUAGAGCUCAACCUGAUGCAUUUUUGGAAGUUGGGGAUUCUAGAGAAUACCCUGUUAGUCUUUCAGUGUUUGAUGAACUUGAAAAGAGGUACUCUGAUUGGACUAAUUGUUCAAGGUCUGAAAGGAGAUUGCUUUUUGAUCGUAUAAAUUUGGGAAUUAUCAGUAUAUACGAGCAAUUCACGAGUGUACAACCAUGGGUAAGCUCUACUACAUCCUUAAAUCUUUGUUCUAAAUUGAUUAAAAAUGGACUCCAAGACUGUCUUAACAUGAUGCUGGGGAGCCAAGGAAAAGCAAAGUAUACCGCAAUGGGAAAGGUGCUGGUUAGCGAAUUGCAGUGGUUGAGCUUAAGAGAUGACAUUGAUGGAAUAGGUAGGGAAGUUGAGAGCUUGCUACUAGAUGAUCUGGUGGCAGAGAUAGCCGUUACAUAGGCAUUUUGCACCUGAACGUAUUUGUUCUAUGAUGUUGCAUAAUUCAUAAAUCAAGCAGUAAAGUGGCAAUUUCGCAAGAUGAAUAAAAUGAUGCCAUUUUUGCUUCGGGCAAAAAUGAGCACACGAAUCAUUCUACAGUAAAUGGAGGAACCCUUGUUAUGGUGACUUUCAAUGUCUACAUUAAAACAUUCGGGUAAAGUUUGUUGGGCCUCGACUGCUGUCAAUUGUAAAAACUAGGUGACUCUUAUUUCUUAGGAAGUAGGAACAUAGUAAAUGGAAGCAUAUUCUUGAGUUGGUUUUACCUCUCUGAACACUGCCAUAUAGCAAAUGAAAAUGUAAAGUAUAAUGAUUUGUGCA